UUGUGCCUUGUUAUAGUUCUCUAUAUAAAGGGCAGAACUCCAUCCCCACCGUAAUUCUUUUCCCCUUCCUCUUCUUCUUCUUCUUCACGAAAACCCUAGAAAAUUACGAUCUUCUGUGUGCUGUAGACACGCACAAAUAUACGCUGUUCUUGUUCAAGUUUUCAAUUUCAUAGAAUUCUCACCGUCCGAUUCUACCCUCGCGCAAUUAUUCACUCGAGUUUCUCUCAAACCCUGUUUUUCUCGAUUUUGUUGAUCGAUUAUUGGAUUUAUUGAAUUGGAUUUAUUAGUCGUCUGUGGAUUACUACUUGAAUCGGGCAAUGAUCACAUUUGGUUGAUCUUCAAGAGAUGAAGAUGAAGCGAAGGAGGGCACUUGAAGUGCCUUUGAAGAUUAAAACCUUCAUCAACAAUGUUACUGCUACACCACUAGAGAAUAUAGAAGAACCACUGAAAAGUUUUUCUUGGGAGUUCGAUAAGGGAGAUUUCCAUCAUUGGGUUGACUUGUUCAACCAUUUUGAUACCUUCUUCGAGAAAUACAUUAAACCAAGGAAAGAUUUGCAGCUUGAGGAUAACUUUUUGGAAUCAGAUAUACCGUUCCCUAGGGAUGCUAUUCUGCAGAUUCUCCGUGUCAUAAGAGUGAUAUUGGAGAAUUGCACAAAUAAGCAUUUCUACAGCUCUUAUGAGCACCACUUGUCAUCCCUGCUUGCUUCCACUGAUGCUGAUGUUGUGGAGGCUUGCCUACAGACUUUGGCUGCUUUUUUGAAGAAAUCCAUUGGAAAAUACAUUAUAAGAGAUGUUUCUCUAAAUUCAAGAUUAUUCUCUUUUGCCCAGGGUUGGGGUGGAAAAGAAGAAGGUCUAGGAUUGAUUUCAUGUGCUAUACAAAAUGAGUCCGACCCAAUUGCUCUUGAGCUGGGAAGCACUCUACAUUUUGAAUUUUAUGCUGUGAAUGAAUCUUCAAACGAACCAACUAUUACAGAGCAGCAAAAUAGGGGUUUACAAAUUAUUCAUAUGCCUGAUGUGAAUGCACGAAAAGAUUCUGAUCUUGAACUUCUCAAUCAGUUAGUUCUGGAAUAUAAAGUUCCCCAUGAUAUGAGGUUCUCCCUUUUAACAAGAUUGCGUUUUGCAAGGGCCUUUAGCUCCCUAGAUGCACGGCAGCAGUAUACCUGCAUCCGCCUGUAUGCUUUUAUAGUUCUUGUGCAAGCAUGUGGUGAUACUGAUGACCUGGUUUCUUUCUUCAAUGCUGAGCCAGAGUUCAUCAACGAAUUAGUUACUAUGUUAAGUUACGAAGAUGCAGUUCCUGAAAAAAUCCGAAUAUUAAGUCUUCUCUCCUUGGUUGCUCUGUGUCAAGAUAGGUCCCGUCAGCCUACUGUAUUGACUGCUGUAACAUCUGGCGGGCAUCGUGGUAUUCUAUCUAGCCUCAUGCAGAAAGCAAUUGGCUCUGUUGUUAAUAAUUCAUCCAAGUGGGCUGUUGUUUUUGCGGAGGCUUUAUUAUCUCUUGUUACAGUUUUGGUGUCAUCAUCAUCAGGUUGCUCGGCUAUGCGUGAAGCGGGAUUUAUCCCCACUCUUCUACCUCUAUUGAAAGACACAGACCCUCAGCACUUACAUUUGGUGAGUACCGCUGUACAUGUUCUGGAAGCCUUUAUGGAUUACAGCAAUCCAGCUGCUGCUCUUUUUCGAGAUUUGGGUGGUCUAGAUGAUACCAUAUCACGCCUAAUGGUAGAGGUGUCUCAUGUUGAAAAUGGUCCAAAGCAUCCGAGUACUUUAGUUGACGUUGGCAGUUCAGACGUUGGUGGUUCUCAAGUAGUUAUGGAUACUUCUACCGAACCUGAUAGUCUGCAUCCUCUUUAUUCUGAAGCAUUGGUUUCAUAUCACCGCCGGUUAUUGAUGAAAGCCUUGCUUCGUGCUAUAUCACUGGGUACUUAUGCUCCUGGUACAACAGCUCGUAUGUAUGGUACAGAAGAGAGCUUGUUGCCCCAUUGUUUGUGUAUAAUAUUUAAGAGGGCAAAAGAUUUUGGUGGGGGAGUCUUUUCACUUGCAGCUACUGUGAUGAGUGAUCUAAUCCACAAAGAUCCGACAUGUUUUUCUGUCCUAGAAGCAGCAGGUUUGCCUUCUGCCUUCAUGGACGCUAUAAUGGAUGGCGUUCUUUGCUCGGCGGAGGCCAUUUCUUGCAUACCUCAGUGUCUUGAUGCCUUGUGUUUAAACAACAACGGUCUUCAGGCUGUGAAAGAUCGCAAUGCUUUAAGGUGCUUUGUAAAAGUGUUCACUUCUAAAAUGUACAUGCGGGCCCUUGCUGCUGAUACCUCGGGUUCAUUGUCUAGUGGCUUGGAUGAACUAAUGCGGCAUGCUUCGUCGUUACGCGGACCUGGAGUUGACAUGCUGAUUGAAAUACUGACCAAAAUCGCUAAAAUUGGAUCUGGACUUGAAUCAGCUUCUCUGUCUACAGAUUCUCCAAGCUGUUCUAUACCAGUACCCAUGGAAACUGAAUCUGAGAAUAGGGAUGUGAUCUCGAUGGAUGAUGGAGAUUCAUGUGAUCCUGAAAGUUCUGAGCAAGCAACUGACGUAGUUCCCGAUGCAUCAUCAGUGAACGUGGAAUCAUGUUUGCCUGAUUUUAUAAGCAAUGCCGCUCGACUUCUCGAAACAAUUCUGCAAAACUCCGAUACUUGCCGAAUUUUUGUUGAGAAGAAAGGAAUCGAGUGUGUGCUGCAAUUGUUCUCUUUGCCACUCUUGCCUCUUUCAGUUUCUCUUGGGCAAAGCAUAGCUGUUGCAUUUAAGAACUUCUCUCCGCAGCAUUCUCCUUCACUUGCUCGUGCAGUAUGUUCUUUCCUCAGAGAACAUCUGAAGUCAACAGAGGAACUUUUGAGUUCUAUUAAUGGAUCCCAACUUGCUCAAGUGGAAUUUUCAAAGAGAGUAAAGAUCUUGAGGUGCCUCUCUACUUUGGAAGGAAUCCUGUCUCUUUCUAAUUCUUUGUUGAAAGGGACCACUACUAUCGUCUCUGAGUUGGGUUCUGCAGAUGCAGAUGUGUUGAAGGAUCUUGGGAAAGCUUACAGGGAAAUUCUGUGGCAAGUAUCUUUGUGCUGUGAGUCAAAGGCAGAGGAGAAGCGAAAUGUUGAAAUGGAGCCUGAAAGUGCUGAUGCAGGUCCAUCUAAUGUGGCUGGAAGGGAGAGUGAUGAUGAUGCUAAUAUUCCAUCUAUUAGAUACAUGAAUCCUGUCUCAAUCAGAAAUAGUUCUCACUCGCAGUGGGGAGUCGAACGUGAUUUCAUAUCUGUGGUUCGUUCAACUGAAGGUUUAAGUCGGCGCAGUCGACAUAGUUUGGCACGUCUUCGUGGUGGCAGGACUGGGAGGCAUUUGGAAGCUUUCCAAAUUGAGCCUGAAGGUGGAGCAAACAGUGCAGAAACUCCUCCCCAAGGAAUGAAGAAGAGAAGUCCCGAAGUUCUGGUUACAGAUAACCUAAAUAAGCUUGCUUCAACCAUGCGCGCUUUCUUCACAGCACUAGUAAAAGGCUUUACUUCACCAAAUCGUCGGAGGGCUGAAACUGGAUCCUUAACCGCAGCUUCAAAGAGUAUCGGAACUGCUCUAGCGAAAGUUUUUCUCGAAGCUCUUAGUUUUCCAGGCCAUUCCAGCUCUUCUGGAGUUGAUAUACCCCUGUCCGUCAAGUGUCGCUAUCUCGGAAAGGUUGUGGAUGACAUGGUGGCCCUUACAUUUGAUAGUAGACGACGCACAUGUUACACUGCAAUGAUCAACAAAUUUUAUGUCCAUGGGACCUUCAAGGAGCUGCUUACAACGUUUGAAGCUACAAGUCAGUUGUUGUGGAAUGUUCCCUACUCUAUUUGUACAUCAAGUUCUGAUCAUGAAAAGAGCGGCGAGGGGAGCAAAAUGUCUCACAGUCCGUGGUUGCUCGAUACAUUGCAGAGUCAUUGUCGUGAGCUUGAGUAUUUUGUGAAUUCAGGAUUACUAUUAUCAUCAACAUCAGCAUCUCAGGCUCAGCUACUUGUCCAGCCUGUUGCAGUUGGUUUGUCCAUAGGGCUAUUUCCUGUUCCUAGAGAUCCAGAAGCCUUUGUCCGCAUGCUGCAGUCUCAAGUUUUGGAUGUGAUACUUCCCGUCUGGAAUCAUCAAAUGUUUCCCAACUGUAAUCCUGGUUUUAUUACUUCUAUAAUUUCACUAGUUACUCAUGUAUACAGUGGCGUAAGUGAUGUGAAACAAAAUCGCAAUGGAUUACCUGGAGCACCUAACCAACGCCUUAUGCCACCCCCUCCUGAUGAAGCUACCAUUGCUACCAUUGUUGAGAUGGGUUUCUCAAGAGCGAGAGCUGAGGAGGCACUGAGACGAGUAGAAACAAAUAGUGUCGAGAUGGCAAUGGAAUGGUUGUUUAGUCAUGCUGAAGAUCCUGUACAGGAAGAUGAUGAGCUGGCUCGUGCAUUGGCUUUAUCUCUGGGAAAUUCAACAGAAACACCCAAAGUUGAUGGUGCUGAUAAGUCUGCUGAUGUACCAACAGAAGAGGGACAUGCAAAACCACCUCCUAUUGAUGACAUCCUUGCUGUGGCAAUGAAACUUUUUCAGUGUAGUGAUUCAAUGGCUUUUCCGCUUACAGAUUUGCUUGGGACUCUUUGCAGCAGGAAUAAAGGGGAAGAUCGUUCAAAAGUAAUGUCUUAUCUUGUUCAGCAGCUGAAGCUUUGCCCAUUUGACUUUUCAAAAGAUAGCUGUGCAUUGGGUAUGAUAUCGCAUAUUAUAGCAUUGAUCCUUUCAGAAGAUGGGAGUACCCGGAAAAUUGCUGCGCAAAAUGGGGUAGUCUUGGUCGCAAUUGAUGUCUUGAUGAAUUUUAUGGCUAGAACUGAGACUGAGGCUUCAAAAGAAUUCCCUGUCCCUAAAUGUGUCAGUGCGUUACUUCUGAUCUUGGAUGAUUUGGUGCAGUCCAGGCCCAAGAUAUCCGGUGAUGCUGAUGAGAGAAAAUUACCCGAAUCUUUUUCUGGCUUGUCGGGAAAUCAAUCGUCAUCUGAAGCAGUUGAACAAAAAUCAGUUGCGGCUGAUGUAGAGAAUGAUGAAUCAUUUAAGGAUGGUUCUGCUUUUGAAAAAAUUCUUGGAAAACCAACAGGUUAUUUGACGAUAGAGGAGAGUCAUAAAGUACUCGUAAUUGCUUGUGACUUGAUUAAAAGACAUGUACCCCCAAUAAUUAUGCAGGCAGUUCUUCAGUUAUGUGCUCGAUUGACAAAAUCACAUUCUCUGGCAGUACAAUUUCUUGAAAGUGGUGGCAUGGUUGCCCUUUUUGGUCUUCCAAGAAGUUGUUUCUUUCCUGGGUAUGACACAUUAGCAUCUGCUAUUGUUCGACAUCUUCUUGAAGAUCCUCAGACGCUGCAAACAGCUAUGGAAUUGGAGAUACGUCAAACACUUAGCGGAAGCAGGCAUGCUGGACGAACAUCAGCAAAAACAUUUUUGACAUUAAUGGCACCUCUUAUAUCCAGAGAUCCAGGGGUCUUCAUGAGGGCUGUAGCUACUGUCUGCCAAGUGGAGUCAUCAGGAGGGAGGUGCAUUGUCGUGCUAUCGAAAGAUAAGGACAAAGAUAAAGAAAAGUUAAAAGCAUCUGGGUCUGACGCUGGAGUAUCAACUAAUGAAGGUAUACGAAUAACUGAAAACAAGGCACAUGAUGGGUCUAACAAGUACUCCAAAGGCCACAAAAAGGUUUCAGCAAAUCUUACUCAAGUGAUUGAUUUCCUUCUUGAAAUUGUAUCAACUUAUCCUUCGUACGGAGAAGAUGAAUGCAGAGGCCAUACAAGUGCUAUGGAGGUAGAUGAACCUACCAUUAAAAUGAAGGGUAAAUCAAAGGUUGGUGAAACAGUUAAGUUAGGACCAGAUAGUCUGUCAGAGAAAUCAGCCACCCUGGCUAAGGUGACAUUUGUUCUCAAGUUAUUGAGUGAUAUUCUGCUUAUGUAUGUUCAUGUUGCUGGAGUAAUCUUGAGACGAGAUCUGGAAAUGUGUCAACAACGUGGGUCUAGUCAUUUUGAAAGCCCUGGACAGGGAGGCAUAGUUCAUCAUGUGCUACAUCGUCUUCUUCCCCUCUCAAUGGAUAAAUCUGCUGGUCCUGAUGAAUGGAGAGACAAGCUCUCUGAAAAAGCUUCUUGGUUUUUGGUUGUAUUAGCUGGGCGCUCUAGCGAAGGAAGAAGACGGGUGGUGAAUGAACUUGUGAAAGCCUUAUCUCUAUUUAUGAAUGUUGAGAGCAAUUCUUCUAUGAGCAGCUUACUACCUGAUAAGAAAGUCCUUGCCUUUGUCGAUUUAGUAUACUCCAUUUUAUCAAAGAAUUCUUCGUCCGGAAACUUACCCGGUUCUGGAUGCUCACCCGACAUUGCCAAAAGCAUGAUGGAUGGAGGAAUUGUGCAUUGUAUGUCAGGCAUUCUUCAGGUAAUUGAUUUGGACCACCCUGAUGCACCGAAAGUUGUGAAUCUUAUAUUGAAGUCUCUGGAGAGCCUGACAAGGGCAGCCAGUACUAGUGAACAAGUUUUGAGAGCUGAUACACUGAAUAAGAAAAAAGUAAAUGGUUCAAGUGAAAGGACUGAUGCACAGGUUGUUGGUACUGCAGCUUCCCAAGAAUUACAAUCUACUGAAAACAGAAGCUUCCAGCAUGGACUUAAUGGUGAUGGUGGUCUAGAAGCACAGCCCCUAGAUAUAUCUCAGAAUGAUGUUGAUCAGAAUGCAAAUUCAAACCUGUCUGUGGAGCAAGAGAUGAGGAUUGAGGAGGACCAGACUAACGAUACGCCUAUGGAUCUUGGAGUGCAUUAUAUGCGUGAACAUAUGGAAGAAAGUGAUGCCUUACCUGAUACAGAUCAAAUUGAGAUGGAUUUUCAUGUAGAGAACAGAGUAGAUGAUGAUAUGAACGAAGAGGAGGAUGACAUGAGUGAGGAUGGUGAGGACGAUGAUGAUGGAGAGGAUGAAGAUGAAGAUAUAGCUGAAGAUGGCACUGGUUUGAUGUCCUUGGCUGAUACAGAUGUGGAGGACCAUGACGACACAGGCUUGGGAGAUGAAUAUAAUGAUGAUAUGGUUGAUGAAGAGGAUGACGAUUUCCAUGAAAAUCGUGUCAUUGAAGUAAGGUGGAGGGAAGCCCUUGAUGGUUUAGAUCAUUUGCAGGUACUCGGGCAACCUGGGACAGGGGGAGGCCUAAUUGAUGUAUCUGCUGAAGCUUUUGAAGGGGUAAAUGUAGAUGACUUCUUUGGAAUCCGUAGAUCUCUUGGCUUUGAGCGCCGUCGUCAGGCUAACAGAACUUCCUAUGAUCGGUCAGUAACAGAGGGGACUGGUCUUCAACAUCCCCUCCUAUUGAGGCCGUCAAAUCCUGGUGAUUUAGUUUCAAUAUGGUCAUCUGCUGGGAAUUCAUCCCGGGAUUCGGAAGGCCUUUCCGCUGGUAACCUUGAUCUAGCCCAUUUCUAUAUGUUUGAUGCUCCUGUUCUUCCUCAUGACAAUGUACCAACUAAUCUAUUUGGUGAUCGGCUGGGUGGUUCUGCACCAGCCCAACUAGCUGAUUUUUCUGUUGGUUUAGAGUCCUUGCGUGGAUCAGGUCGCAGAGGGCCUGGGGAUGGCCGGUGGACUGAUGAUGGCCAACCCCAAGGUGGUGGUCAAGCUGCGGCAAUUGCCCAGGCAGUUGAAGAGCAGUUCAUUUCUCAAUUAAGCAAUACUGAUCCUGCUGAAAGGCAGGAGGGAGAUCCCCUUGUUGCCACUGAUAAUCAACCAGCAUUAGGGGUUGACAAUACUGAUGUUCAAGGUCAACAAAAUGAUCAACUUGCUGAGCUUCAACUGUCUCAGGAAAUCAACCCAGAGAUUGUUGCUGAACAAGCAGGUGAAGGAGAACAAGCUAUGCCAAGUGAGACUGGUUAUGAUAGCAUGGAAACUGGGGAUGAAAAUGUAAUUGGCAGAGAGCCUGUGGAGACAUCUUCUGGUUCCGUUGCUCAGGAUAGGGUGCCCUUAGAUUCUUGUACUAUUCCAUCUGCAGGGGAGGGAAGUGACAGAUCCUCUGGACAAGAUAGUCAGUCCAGUUGCCAUGCUCUUAUUGUCUCUGGAUCAGAUAUGCCAGACCCUGGUAAUCACCAUCCUUCUUCAGUUGCAGAAAGUAGUGAUGUUGACAUGAAUGUUACUGAAGUGGAAAGAGAUCAGAGUGGCCCGCGUUUACCUCUGACAGAGAUCAAUUUAGAGGAGCCAUCACCACAGCAAAAUAAUUUGGCUGUCCAAGAUUCAGGGCAGAUAGAUGAAAGUAGUUUGAAUAAUGAUUCUUCUAAUGCUAAUGCUAUAGAUCCAACAUUUUUGGAGGCACUUCCGGAAGAUCUUCGUGCAGAGGUUCUUGCUUCACAGCAAGCUCGGCCUGCUCCAGCUCCUACUUAUGCAGCUCCUAGAAGUGAAGACAUUGAUCCAGAGUUUCUGGCUGCUCUUCCUCCUGAUAUUCAAGCUGAAGUUCUUGCUCAACAACGAGCACAAAGGAUUGCACAGCAGUCAGAAGGACAACCAGUUGACAUGGAUAAUGCUUCUAUUAUUGCCACUUUUCCUGCUGAUCUGCGUGAAGAGGUGCUUUUGACCUCUUCAGAGGCACUAUUAUCGGCCCUGCCAUCGCCUUUACUUGCUGAAGCACAAAUGCUUAGAGAUAGAGCAAUGAGCUAUUAUCAUGCUCGCAGCUUGUUUGGAGGUAACCAGAGACUCAACAAUCGGGCAAAUAGAUUUGGUUUUGAUAGGCAGUCAGUUAUGGACAGGGGUGUUGGUGUCACUAUUGGGCGGAGGACUUCUUCUAUUGCUGAAAACUUGAAGUUGAAUGAAAUUGGAGGAGAACCACUUUUGGAUGCUAAUGGCUUGAAAGCGUUAAUCCGUCUAUUACGACUAGCACAGCCUCUUGGGAAAGGUCUAUUGCAGAGACUUUUGUUGAAUUUGUGCUCACACAACGAGACUAGAGCUAUUCUUGUUCGGCUUCUGCUUGGUAUGAUUAAGCCUGGGACUGUGGGCAGUGGUGGAGUGACUUCAAUGAAUACACAGAGGCUUUACGGAUGCCAGUCUGAUGUUGUUUAUGGCCGAUCUCAAUUGUGUGAUGGUGUCCCACCACUAGUUUUGCGACGAGUACUUGAGAUAUUGACCUAUCUGGCCACAAAUCAUUCUGGUGUUUCCAGUCUUCUGUUCCACUUUGAGGGCUCAAAUAUUCCUGAAUUUUCACAUAUAAACCAUUUAGAAGGCAAGAAUGAAAAAGGUAAGGAUAAAAUCAUUGGAGGACAAAGUCAUCCUAGUGUUUCUGGAAGCUCACAGGAAGGGAAUAUUCCUUUGAUAUUGCUGCUUAGACUUUUAAGUGAACCACUUUUCUUACGGAGUAUUGCACAUCUUGAGCAGGUCAUGGGUCUGCUCCAAGUGGUUGUGUACGCUGCUGCAUCCAAGGUAGAUAUUGAGUCUAAUACUGAAGACACAACAGCUCCCACUGAAACCCCUUCUGGGAAUGAAACUGCUACCGAGGUUCAGAAAGAUCCCCAUGUAAUGGGAGUAGAAUCCAGUCAGCUUGACCAAAGUACAAGUGCUUCAAGUUCCAAAUCAGAUGUUCAGAAAAGCACUAGUACUUACGAUAUCUUCUUACUGAUGCCACAAUCAGAUUUGCGAAAUCUCUGUGGUCUUCUUGGGCAUGAAGGGCUUUCCGACAAAGUUUACACAUUGUCUGGUGAUGUGCUGAGGAAAUUGGCCUCUGUUGCUGCUGCUCAUCGCAAGUUUUUUAUCUUGGAGCUUUCCGAGUUAGCCCAAAGGUUGAGCAGCUCUGCUGUCCAUGAACUUAUAACACUUAGGGAUACACGCAUGCUGGGAUUGAGUGCUGGAUCCAUGGCUGGGGCUGCUGUUCUUCGUGUUCUGCAGAUACUUAGCUCACUUACUUCCAUUGGCAGUGACAGUGACAAGGACAGAGUGGAUGAUGAGGAACAGGAAGAGCACACUAACAUGUUGAAGUUAAAUGUUGAACUGGAGCCACUAUGGAAAGAACUAAGUGAAUGCAUUAAUACAAUGGAAUCAGAGUUGAGUCAAAGUUCCAGUUCUUCAGUUGUCCCAAACGUUAUUGUUGGGGAGCAAACACAGGGUUCUUCUUCGGCAUCCCCCUCUCUCCCUCCUGGAACUCAGAGACUUCUGCCUUUCAUCGAGGGCUUUUUUGUUCUAUGUGAAAAACUGCAGGCUAACAAUUCCAUAUUGCAGCAAGAUCAGUCCAAUGUGACGGCAAGAGAAGUGAAGGAAUCUGCUGAAAGUUCAGUUACGUUGUCUAUUAAGCGUAUGGAUUCCUACAGAAGAUUUGAUGGGUCCGUAAACUUUGUAAGGUUUGCCGAAAAGCACCGUCGCCUUCUUAAUGCUUUUGUAAGGCAGAAUCCUGGUUUAUUGGAAAAGUCACUCUCGAUAAUGCUGAAAGCCCCUAAGCUGAUUGAUUUUGACAACAAAAGGGCUUAUUUCCGAUCCAGGAUUCGCCAGCAGCAUGAUCAACACCUCUCAGGUCCACUGCGUAUUAGUGUCAGGCGGGCAUAUAUUUUGGAGGAUUCUUAUAACCAACUUCGCAUGCGACCAAGUCAAGACCUUAAAGGACGGUUGAAUGUGCAUUUUCAAGGCGAAGAGGGUAUUGAUGCUGGUGGUUUGACUAGGGAGUGGUAUCAAUUAUUGUCAAGGGUCGUAUUUGACAAAGGAGCCUUGCUUUUUACCACUGUUGGAAACAAUGCAACUUUUCAGCCAAAUCCGAAUUCUGUGUAUCAGACUGAACAUCUCUCUUAUUUCAGAUUCGUAGGCCGUGUGGUUGCUAAGGCACUGUUUGAUGGACAGUUGCUUGAUGUACAUUUCACUCGCUCCUUCUACAAGCAUAUCCUUGGUGUUAAAGUGACUUAUCAUGAUAUAGAGGCUGUUGAUCCCGAUUACUAUAAGAAUUUGAAAUGGAUGUUGGAGAAUGAUGUGAGUGACAUCCCCGAUCUGACAUUCAGCAUGGAUGCAGAUGAAGAAAAACACAUCCUUUAUGAGAAAACAGAGGUUACUGAUUAUGAGCUCAAACCGGGAGGAAGAAAUAUAAGAGUGACGGAGGAAACAAAGCAUGAAUAUGUUGACCUUGUUGCUGAUCACAUUUUGACGAACGCUAUUCGGCCUCAAAUAAAUUCAUUCCUUGAAGGAUUUAGUGAAUUAGUUCCACGGGAACUUGUAUCUAUUUUUAAUGAUAAAGAGCUCGAAUUAUUGAUUAGUGGUCUUCCAGAAAUUGAUUUGGCUGAUCUGAAGGCCAACGCCGAGUACACUGGCUAUACCACAGCAUCUAAUGUUGUGCAGUGGUUUUGGGAGGUUGUUGAAGGAUUCAACAAGGAAGAUAUGGCUAGAUUGCUCCAAUUUGUAACAGGAACAUCGAAGGUUCCGUUGGAAGGUUUUAAGGCACUCCAAGGAAUUUCUGGUCCACAGAAGUUUCAGAUUCACAAAGCAUAUGGAGCUCCUGAGAGACUUCCAUCAGCUCAUACCUGCUUUAAUCAGCUGGACCUUCCCGAGUAUUCUUCCAAGGAACAGCUUCAAGGACGUUUGUUACUGGCAAUCCAUGAAGCUAGUGAAGGAUUUGGAUUCGGUUAAAUGAUGAUGAUUCAAUGUGGUUCUGCAAAGUGCUGCUUGGAUUCUUGGUCGCAAUAUACAUGGUGAAAUGCCGAUAUGGACCCCAUCCCAUUCAUCCUUGGAGUAUAUGUAUAUGUUAAUAAGAACUGCAGUUUACAGGAAGGUUUAUUCUAUGUGUAGCUGGUGGCAACAAUCUAUUGGUAGAGCUGAUUUGUUUGGCUUCUGCCAUGAAAGCAUCUUUCUUUCUUUUUUGUUUUGAUUUUCUCUCUCUAGUAUAUGCUGCUGCUGCUGCUGCUUCUGCUUGAACAGACAGACAUCAGAAAAAAGGGAACUUUACUACCCUUUUGUAAAUUCUUACUUUUUUUUUUUUAAUUUCUACAUUUUGGUUGCAUGCGUAUGGGGUUCUUAGUUUGUCACAUUUUUCUUAUUUUUGCAUCUUAUUUACUGCCUUUUAAAACAGUUAAUUCUUUAAAGAGCUUAUAAAUUAGGAGAUUAUGUAAUUUAGCUAAAAUUCAUAUGAAAAGAAUCUUUUAUUUUA